ACAGGUUAGUUAAGUAAAUACCUUCGAGAACACAUGUACCACUUUUAACUCUGCUCAUUCUAUAGACACUUCAUGUAAAACUAGUUGUAUUUAUUUAGUGUAUUAAGUGAUACUUUUUUAUAUUUUCAUUCCUUGGACUAUAAUCCCGUAUUAUAAACUUAAUUAAAAUGGCGAAAAAACCCGACGAAAUGGAGGACAUAGACAGGAUAGCUGAAAUGUAUAAGGGAAAAACCUUAUUUGUCACCGGAGGGACCGGAUUUUUAGGCAAAGUCCUCAUAGAGAAAAUUCUCAGAAGUUGCUCAGACUUUAAAAAAAUAUAUUUAUUGGUUAGGGAUAAGAAGGGAAAAGAUCCACAACAAAGGUUAAGGGAGGAUGUGUUUAAAAAUCAGCUAUUCGACAGAGUUAAAAAAGAAAAAGGAGAAGACAUCAUCAAAAAAGUUGUCGCCAUACCUGGGGACGUAUCUCAACCUGAGCUAGGAAUAUCCAGUGAAAAUCGAGAACUGUUACAAAAAGAAGUAGAGUAUAUUUUCCACAUGGCUGCCACCAUAAGAUUUGACGAACAGCUGAAAAAAGCAGUUUUAUUGAACACAAGGGGUACCAAAUUGAUGCUGGAGUUGGCCAAGGGGUGUAAAAAAUUGCAGGCAUUCGCGCAUUUAUCCACGGCUUACUGCCACUUAAGGGAAAGAAUAUUGUACGAAAAAACGUACCCUCCACCAGCUGAUCCAGACAAGGUCAUCAGGACAUGCGAAUGGAUGUCAGAAGAGGCGGUCGAUAUAAUAACACCACAAAUCUUAGGAGACUACCCCAACUCAUAUGCUUUUACCAAGGCUCUUAGCGAAGGUCUAGUAUCCGAACAAAUGGACAAAAUCCCUAUUCUAUUGCUAAGACCAUCCAUAGUCAUUCCUGUUUGGAAAGAGCCCAUUCCCGGAUGGACGGAUAAUAUAAAUGGUCCCACGGGGCUUUUAAUAGGAGCAGGGAAGGGUGUACUCAGGACAAUGUACUGCAAUGGAGAUGGAUACGGAGAUUUUAUACCGGUGGAUAUAACAGCUAAUGGGAUAUUAAUUGCAACUUGGGACUUUGUGACGUAUAAGCAAAGAAAAAUUUACCAUCUUUCCAGUUCGGCGGAACAUCAAGUUUCAUGGGACGAACUUAUAAACAUCGGGAGAGAUGUAAUUAAUAACAGAAUACCUUUAAACGGAGUCGCCUGGUACCCUGGAGGGUCAAUGAAAAGCUCCAAGACCCUACAUCUGAUAUGUUUCUAUUUGUUUCAUAUUUUACCAGCUCUUCUUGUAGACGCUUUGUUAAUUGUUUUAGGAUACAAACCAGUAUUGAUGAGAGUUCAAAAAAGAAUUUCAAAAGGCUUCGAAGUAUUCGAAUACUACGCCAACAACCAAUGGGACUUCAACAAUGACGAAACUCUGUCAUCCAGAUCUCUUUUAAAUCCUUUGGAAAGAGAAAUAUAUAAAUGCGACGGAGAUGGCAUGGACUACUACGACUAUUUCACAGACUGUGUCAGAUGUGCUAGGCUAUAUUUACUUAAGGAACCUGACGACACAAUCCCUGCUGCCAAAAGACAUAUGAGAGUAAUGUGGUGGGUGGACAAAAUUUUUAAGUUCUCCUUUUGGGCCUUGAUCGUUUACUACUUAUACUCAAAGUUGGGACAUAUAUUGGUGAAUUGGUACACUGGACACACAUAA